AGUUAUAUUCGUAUUCAGAGUUGAGCAGUUUACCUUCCACAUUCAAAUAAAUGCUCUUAAACUCUAUAAAAGGAACGCUAUUCAAUUGAACGUAAACGUAUUUGUUAGAGUUACUUUGUUUAAGAAGUUUGCUGGGGCUUUCCGGCUCUUCAUACAUUUUACUGACUUCAAAGAAAAAUGGAACAAGAAAAGAACGUUUCCAGUAAGCUAUAAAGAAUAUUUUAUAUACAUAUAUCCUAAUUUUGUUUUUCUGUUCAAUUACAGCUGAUAUUUUGAAUUUAUUAACACCAAUAACACUAUUUAUUGGUUGUUUAUCUGCAAUACUUAUUAUCUUCUUGAAUAAAAUGAAAUUUAGAAAUAAGACUAUGAAGAAAGUUAGUUAAUUUUACAAUAGUCAUUACUCGUCAUCUUCAAAAACUGUUUUUUUUCCUUAAAUAGGUUAAACAAGGUGAAACUGAAACUGGAAUGGGAAUGAAAUGGACUCCUACUGGUAACGAAAAAGUCAGUACAUCUUCUUCUAUUAAUGGAAACACCGCCAGCAAGCAGGACCCUUCGGAAGUGACGGAUGAAGUAUCGGCGAAAUCGGAAAUGGUAUCUAACGGGGGACAAAAUGACUUGCAAGAGGGAAUUGGUCAGCUGGCUUGUGAUUGUGAAAUUUCUUCAGAGGAUGAAACAGUUCCCUCUGAAGAAAUCAUAGUCACAGAAUCGAUUGAUCCUGUCUGUCCUUUAAAUCCAAAUCGGGUAGAAGACGACAGUUGUGACGAGACAUUUCGACCAUGCUCUGAAGAAUUUUCCACAGGCGAAACUAUUGGGCCUAUUGACAUAAACGAUUUAGUUCAAUGUUCAGCAAUUGACGAGCCAAAUAAAAUUGUUGGCCUAAGAUCGUCUAGGCUUAUGAAACUUAAGAAACAAUUUAAAGGAACAUUUGCUAGAAGCGUUGCUAAAAUUCAUAGAAUGUACCUGAAAAUUGAUAACGCAAAUAGAGAAGAGCUAGCAGAGUAUCGUGCAGAAAUACGAAACGAUGAAGAUAGUACAACGCCUGCCAGUGGAACAUUCACAAGCCUGUCUGCCCAAAAUUCUCCCUUGAAGUUCAUUACCCCCGUUAGUACCCCAUCUGAAUUAAAAAACUUGGAAUUUUGUAAAGAUUCCGACGAAAAUGCAGACUGUCUUUGCGAAGAGAAGAACAUCGAGCCAAACGACAAAUUAUUGAACAAAGACACCAUCAGACAAUUAACCCCUAUGGAAAAAUUUACCCACGAUAGUAAAUCUAAGGGAAAGGAUAUCUUUGUCCAGAAUAUCUGUUUCGGAGAAGAAGAGAAGAGCUUUUUUUGUGAUUUAAAAGAACUUGAAAAUUUGACAGGAGAGAAGAUUGUCUUUGACGAAGUAGACGACGAAGAAGAUGACGAAGAUGAUGACGAAAGUGACAUUGAAGAUGACACAAUCGAUAAUUCUGAUUCUGGUGAGGAUAAGAUUGAAGAGUUAAGAAAGAUUGCUAACGAGUAUAUUAAAGAUCAAAGUGAAAACUUAAGCGCUAAAGAAAUUUGGUGCGGAAAAGUUGAUGAUUCAACAGAUGUUAAAAUAUCCUAUGAUAAUGACCUUUGGGAAACUCAUAUUGUUGAGAAAGAUUGCCAAAUAAGCAGUUGAAAUGAAAGAAAUUAUUUCUUUCCCUCUUUUUUUUGCUAAUAAAACAAGCAAAAAAAAGACAAAUUAUUUGAUUUAAAUCAUUUUUCUUUGAUAAUGAUCUUGAAUUGAAGUAAAUACCUCAUAAGUUCGAAGUAGUAUCCUUAUUAAUAUUAUUAUUAUUAUUAGUUAUUAUUUUGCUGGGUUUCUUCUUUAUGCCCUUGUCGGAAUUUGUUUUAAAAAAAAAACAAGUUACCUUAUUACAGUUAAGAGUGUUCAGGUUUUUUCUACAUGUAAUUAAUCUUUAUGGCGGAAAAGAAAUUGUUGGUUUAGUUCAUUAUUUGCUUAACAAGUGGAUGACUAUGCAAAAAGUUAAUAAUUAGUGUUAUUUUUUUUCUAAAUCACUAAAUAGAAAUGUAUGUUGGGCAAUUUUGAUGUAAUUGUUAAUUUUUUAUUUAAUUUCACAGGUUGUGUCGUAUAUUCGUCGUUUCUGUUAAAUAAGCUUGCUUGAGUGUGAUCACGGAAUAAAGUUUUUGUCAUUAGAUUCUAAAUAGAACAAAUAGAACAAAUUGAACAAAUUCUUUUUAAUAUUAAAUGAUGAUUAAAUAGCAUACGAUGG